AUGCAAUAAGUGGAAACUUAAUAUUGUUAUUAUAGCAAUUUCAAUUUAUUUGAAAACACAUCUCAAUUAAUAAAGAAAGAUAAGUUUAUUAAAUCAUUAUUGCAAACUUUAGGAGAGGAAUGGCGUAUUUAUGCAGGACAAGCAAUCACUAUAGAAUUGGAUGGAUAAAUAAAUUAUAUGGCAUGGUAAUUUUGUUUUGAAAAUUUACUUUUUGCUUGGUUAGAGAAUGAAGAUUCAUAAUAUUUAGAAUUUUACAAUUAAUCAAUUUAGCGCAUAAGUCCUUAUAAUAUUGGUAUCAAAGAAAUAAAUUUAUAUUAGAUGUUGUUUAUUUUAGACCUGUAUUUGAUGGUUAUUUUUAUUCUGCUUAAUAAUUAUGGUAAAAGAUGAGAUUGAGUAGACCACCUUCAUAAGAAUCUUUUAAAUCUUUAGAUUAAAUAAAGUAAGAGGAAAUUAAACCAAUGUCUAAUAUUCUAAAACCAUUAGUAAUAGUAAGUGAAAGGAUUAUCAAUUAUUUUCGUAAAGAAGAAUAAACUUAAACAUAAAGAAUUGAGUAUCCAUAAUAAUAAUAAUAAUAAUAAUAAUCAAAUUGGAAGUAAAUUUCAAAAUUAACAGAAGAUUCUUUACCACUUGAUUUAGUGGAGAAUGCAUAUAUUUAUGUAAAUUAAUUCAUUUAGAAAACUUAAAAGAAUUGUUAAGUAGCUAAAUCAUUUAUUGUUAAUAUAAUAGAGUUAAAUCAUGAAGUAUUGAGCAAAUUUUAGAUUUCAAAUUAGUAAAUUAAAAUUAGAAUAAUGUAACCAUCUUGUUUAAUGUAUGAUAAUUUAUUAUCAAUUUGGACAUUAGCUAAUGCAGGAGUUUAACCUUAAUAUUUUGAUUUAAUUGGUAGGGCAAAAUCUUUAUUGGGAAUUAAUUGGAAAGAUAAUUAUUAAUAACCUAUUGAAAUAUUUUUUUAGUUAAUGGCUAAAUUAUAUGGAAAUAUAAUUUUAAAUCCAUAAAUAAAAUCAGAAGAUUAAUUAAAUCAUUUAUUAUAAAAUAUGAGAAUAUAAAUGGCUUAAUUAUGGGAAUAAGAAAUAGUUUAAUCAACAUUAGAAAAAUAAUGA